GCUAAAGGUGCCCCAAACAUCAAAAUUAUCCAGGCAAACCUUCAGAGAUCAAAAUUAGCAACAUCAGAACUACUAGAAACGGCGCACAAGAGAGGGGUACUUCUAGCUUUAAUCCAGGAACCCUAUGUGGGGAAGACGGGAAUGCUUAAGCAGUACCCAGGCACGCAAGUCAUCCAGUGCACUCUCAAUCGCCAAAAACCGGUUAAAGCUGCCAUCAUAAUCUUCGGAGACAAGUUGGAGGUCAUUCAUGACCCACAAAUUGUAACCGAAACCGAAGUGGCGGUUUUGCUGAAAGUAGGUCAGAUGAGGUUAGGUUUGGUCUCAGUCUAUUAUGAGGGAGACCAGGAAAUUGAACCAUAUAUGGCACGAACACAGUUAGCGUGCCAACGGCUCAAAACUGGGAACCUCAUAAUAGGCGGUGACAUAAAUGGCAAGAGCCACUGGUGGGGAUGGAGCUCUGAAGAUGAAAGAGGAGCGGACUACGUGGCUUUUCUAAAUGACAUGGACCUCCAUAUACUGAACACUGGAGAUACCCCAACCUUUGAGGUCUACAGGAGUGGCAAGCUGUGCUCCAGCAUAGUCGACGUCACGGCCUGCAGCCUACCCCUGCUAGGAAAGAUAGAGAACUGGAGAGUGGACCGAAGCAUAACUUCCGCAGACCACAAUGGCGUCACCUUCACUCUGCGUCUAGAAUCGGAAUUGACAUCGCUCAAACCGGUAACUACCCGCAGAUACAACACGAAGAAAGCCUCGUGGUCGGACUUUGCAACACACUUCAGGGAAACUACAGAGGAGAACAACAUCACUCCCCAAGCAGUGGAAGCCACAAAAUCCCCAGAAGAUAUGGAAGCCUUAGUCUCAGCCUAUGUCUCUGCCAUCCAAAAAGCCAGCGACCAUGCUAUUCCGGUCAUGGGCUCAUGGAAAGGCAGUCCUACACCACCAUGGUGGUCUGAUAAACUAAACCAACUAAAAGCUCAAACGCUACGAGCAAAACGCAGGAUAAGAAAUGCAGCGCCACAUAGACGAGCCAAGGUAAUAGAAAAUUACAUAGAAAUAAAAGAAAAAUACACCAAAGAGGCCAACAAAGCUCAGACUGAGAGUUGGAAAGAGUUCUGUACAACCCAGGAAAAAGAGAGCAUGUGGGAUGGGGUGUAUCGGGUAAUAAGGAAAACGACAAGAAGGCAGGAGGACACGUUGCUUAAGAACAACGAAGGCAACACCCUCAGCCCGGAAGAGUCGGCUGAACUCCUUGCCAAAACCUUCUACCCAGAUGACACGGAGACCACAGACAACUCAUACCACACCAAGCUCAGACAGCGGAUGGAAAGCAAUCAUGAAACCCUACUGCAAAGACUGCCUGAUGACGAUCCACCUUUCACAUCGGCAGAAUUGGAUUUAGUGCUGAAGACCAUGAAUCCAAAAAAGGCCCCAGGACCAGAUGGGCUGACAGCGGACAUAUGCACCAGGGCCAUAGCCUGCAACAGGGAACUGUUCAUGUCAAUAGCGAACAAGUGCCUAUCACUACAAUACUUCCCUAGGCAAUGGAAACUGGCCCACGUCAUUAUACUCCGCAAACCAGGAAAAGAAGAUUACACCCAUCCUAAAUCUUACAGACCAAUCGGCUUGUUAUCGAUUCUGGGCAAAACUGUCGAGAAGCUGAUGAUAGGUCGACUGCAGUGGCAUACUCUACCAACCCUCAACAGAGCUCAAUAUGGCUUCAUGCCACAGCGCGGAACCGAGGACGCCCUCUAUGACUUAGUGAACCACAUCAGGACAGAAGUUAGCAACAAGAAGAUCGUUCUGUUGGUAUCACUGGACAUAGAGGGAGCCUUCGACAAUGCGUGGUGGCCGUCAAUCAAAAACCAACUAAUCGAGAUGGGAUGCCCGAGAAACCUUUACGCUAUGGUAUGUUCAUAUCUCACUGACCGGAAAAUCAGGGUCAACUACGCCAGAGCAGCAUUCGAGAGGAACACGACGAAGGGAUGCGUCCAAGGAUCCAUCGGUGGGCCAACCUUCUGGAACGUUAUCCUAGACUCUCUGCUACACAAAGUAACUGACGAAGGGAUUUAUUGCCAAGCGUUCGCGGACGACGUGGUUCUUGCUUUCUCAGGUCACGAUAUUGCUGUAAUGGAGGAGACAGCUAACAACACUCUCGCAGGAGUGGUAAGAUGGGGGAAGCGAAAUAAGUUACACUUCGCCGCACAUAAGACCAAUGCGAUGAUCAUAACAAAGAAACUUAAAUACGAUCUCCCAGUCCUCCAUAUGUCCCAAAACAGGAUACAGCUAGUCCAAGAAAUCAAGCUCCUUGGACUUAUCAUAGACCACAGGUUAACUUUCGAAUCGCAUGUAAAAGCCAUCAGGAAGAAAACGGCUGAUAUAUAUAAACAACUGGCAUGCGCAGCGAGGGUGACUUGGGGUCUAAACAGUGAGAUAAUAAGGACCAUCUACGUGGCGGUGAUUGAGCCUAUUGCACUGUACGCAGCAAGCGUAUGGUACCCCGCAAUGGAGUUUCAAAUGAUACGUAAUCUACUAGAUGGACUCCAAAGGGGAUACGCACAAAAGAUCUGCAAGGCGUAUCGUACGGUCUCACUCACCUCCGCGUUAGUCCUGUCGGGGCUACUCCCACUCGACCUAAGGGUUCAAGAGGCUGCGCAACUCUACAUGGCGAAAAAAGGCAAGUCGAACGACUUUUUACCGCCAGAUAGAGAAAUGGAACAAUGGGUCCAUUACCUUGACCAGCCUCACCCCUCUACCUUCACCAAAACGGAAUUUGAGAUCCUCGAAACCUUGGACGUGAAAACUCUAAGUUCCCACCAAGUAACAGGUCCGAUCAUCUACACGGACGGCAGCAAGAUAGAAGGCAAAGUAGGCGCUGCCCUUACAUGGUGGGAGAAUGGAGUUGAAAACAAAUUCCUCCAAUUUAAAUUAGACCCAGCAUGCACCGUUUUUCAAGCAGAACUCUAUGCACUGCACAAAGCAGUUUUGCUUGCAAAACGGAGCGAUGCUCCUAUAGUUAACAUCAUGAGCGACUCAAGAUCAUCCCUUGAGUUGCUCGAAAAUCCCAAAUCAAUUCACAAAUUAGCUUGCCAAAUAAAAAUAAACAUUGAAAAAUGCAAUAACAAUAACAAAAAGAUCAGAUUAUUUUGGAUCAGAGCUCACAUCGGCACGCCCGGGAACGAAAGAGCGGAUGAACUGGCAAAAACCGCAGCAAUUAACAUCAAUACCUCCACCCACUAUGCGAAAAUUCCUCUAUCCUAUGUUAAAAGAAAGAUACGAGAGGAAUCAGUACGCAAGUGGCAGGAUAGGUAUUUCACCUCCGAUACAGGACAGAUCACCAAAAUCUUCUUCCCUGAUGUAGGCCCGGCUUACGCCUUGGUGAGGAAGAUUGGGGCGAACUAUCUGCUCUGUCAAGCCUUUACAGGCCACGGAGGAAUUGCGCAAUACCUGCACCGGUUCCAGCUCAAAGACAGCCCAGGAUGUGAAUGCGACGAAAACGUAGCAGAAACCGUAGAACAUAUCAUUCUGGACUGUCCGCGUUUUGCGGCAUUGCGGAUGGGACUCGAGGUCCAAACAGAAACAAAAAUAACAUUAAACGCUCUACACACCCUACUGGCAGACCCUAAAACAAGGAAAUACCUCACUGAGUUCCUCGAAAGAGUUUUUAGGACUGCUGCCAAUAGGAACAGCUCUAUAUCCAACAACAGACCCGGAACACAAGAUCAGGGUUCCUCCACAAGAAGCCGUUCACCGACCACACAGACCAUCGACGCCCCCACAGUUGAAGUUCGACAGCUGCCGAUCAUCCAGCUGCUGCACUAUGGAGGGCAAGGUGAGCCGGGAAUACGGCUCCGUGGAGUGGCCCUCUUCAUGGAUAACAACACGGAAAGGCUGGGUAUAAGCUUCUGCAACGCAGAUGCCAGAGGCAGAGUGGUGAUUUCACCAGGCCUGGCGACCCUACUUAACGGAAGCACCUCUAGAAACACCAUGAGGAGAAGAACUUAUAACGCAUUGCCUGAGACAGCAGUGGCCGAUACGCACUGCAGAAUAGUAAGAUCAAGAAACAAAGAGAUCGUACUAUUCAAAUGGAACAAUCUGGUGACUCCAUUUGCUCAGGCGAGCAAAGUUCUCAAAGAACUCAGCACAAUAAAUAUAGUAACUCCGAAACGCAUAAGCGUGGAUGCAAUGGCGGUAGGAUAUGUGAAGGGCACGGUGGAUGACUACGUAGGUUGUUUGGAAGCUUCAGUAAAACAUGAGGUAGUGGUGUACGAAAACAGAGGGGAAGACCUCAGUUUUCUUAAACCAAACAAACAACACCCACCCGCGGCCCCGGGAACACCUGAAGCACCAAGCGGCUCGGAAAAACUACAACUAAAAAGGUCACUGGAAAACCAACCAAAAUCUAGCUCGACAACAGAACGAAUGAAGAGCACGUUCAGAACCGCAGUGAGCAGGUUUUCUGCAGCCAUGCAGAGUAUUUCCGGCAAUAGAGAGCAAAUAAACAUCACAAACACAACAACAAGGGUAGAAAAGGCCUUACAGACAUUUACACAGAAACAACCAAACACAACACAAACAACAUCUAGUUCAACAAGCACCAUGGCAGAAAAAGGUCAAGUAGUACCUCCUGUGCUCAGGGAACCGAGUGGCCCCCUAGAUCAUGUCAUAAACGCUUUCCUAGAAUUCCAAGCUAUCACUACAGCAGAGCAAGUCGUUAGCCAGAAAAUCUGUAAAGAAAUCUUACAAGCUUACAACUUCGGCAACACUGGCCUUUUAAAGGUGAGGCUCAAGGAAUCGGAAGCAGCGAUUUAUGACAACAACACCAAACAGAACAUCAUAGGUGAAGAAUCGGGAGACCACAUGGUUGCUUAUAGUGCAAAAUACGGUUUCGUCGACCGUAUUCAAGAGGACAAAAAACAAAAUAGACCUACGUCACCUCAACAGUUCAAAGUACCGCAGGACGCCCCAAUAGUCGUGGUGGCUAGAUGCACUAGAGUUAUGCUCAAUGAGAAAACUCUGGAGAGAGCCAAGACUAUUGCUGGGAUAAACAACGAGUCCCUGGAACAAUGGACAGUUCCCAAAUUUACAUGGGUCAACGGAGUUCCAGGAUGCGGUAAAACAACAUGGAUCAUAAACAACUUUGAUCCAAUAGGUGACGUAGUCAUAACAACAACAACAGAAGCUGCCAAAGACCUAAGAGAGAGGCUCACUCCAACCAUAGGAAAGGAUGCCAAAGUGAAAGUUCGGACGAUGGCAUCGGUAUUAGUGAAUGGUCUUCAAGAGCAUGCGAGAUCGAGAUGCACGCGUCUCAUCGUCGACGAAGCUUUGAUGAACCACUUCGGCGCCAUCAUCAUGGCAACCAAACUGGUAGGAGCGAGCGAAACCCUCUUAAUUGGUGAUAAAAAUCAACUGCCAUUCAUAGACAGGAACAACCUUUUCAAACUCCAUUACUGCCGUCCCAACCAAGUAGCACGGGUCAAUCAAGAGCUGCUAUGCACGCACAGGAACCCUAUGGAUGUAGCAUAUGCGUUAAGUGAAGUCUACAACGGCAUAUACUCGUCCAAACCUCGAGUAAGGUCUCUGGAGCUGAGAAGGUAUUCAGGAUCGCAAAUCCCGAAAGACUCUACAAACACGUUGUACCUUACCCAUACCCAAGGCGAAAAGGAAAUGCUUAAGACCGAAGGGUAUGGAAAAGGUGAGGGAUCGCGAGUGAAUACCAUUCAUGAGGCACAGGGAGCUACAUUCGAAAGGGUCAUAAUCGUCAGAACAGCUGCUAAAAAGAUCCAGCUAUAUGAGAGCGUCUCCCACGCCGUAGUGGCAGUCUCACGUCACACGGUAUGGUGUACAUAUUUUACCGAUGACAACAGUGACGCUACCGCCCACUUCAUCACCCGGGCGACAUCUGCUUCCGCGGCAAACAUCAGGGAGUACAAUACAAGGAUGGCGAUAGCCAAUAAGGAUGAGAAGGUGGUGAAAUCCUCACUAAGCGUGCCACUAGAUACAUAAAGAAAUUAUAAAGCAAACAUAACAAUAUAUACAAUAAAAAACAAAAAAAAAAAAAAAAAAAAAAAAAAGAAAUUA